AACCCUCUGCAGCAGAGCCAUUGGAUGGAGAAGAAUACCUGGACAUUAUAGGUAUCAUGCGAAACCAAGCGGGUCGUUAUGAAUGCAAGGCCAGCAAUGACGUUGCCACACCUGAUGUCAAAUACGUCAAUGUGGUUGUCAGCUACCCUCCUACAAUAAAGAAAACCCAGAGCUCAGAGACUCCAGUGGGUCGCAUGGGGACGCUGCAAUGUGACGCCACGGCUGUGCCCACGCCAGAAUUCGAAUGGUACAGAGACGAAAAAAGGCUGUCCAAUGCCCAAGGCAUCAAUAUCCAGAUUCUUGGCACGACUACUAUUCUCAUGAUUGCCAACGUCACUGAAGAGGAUUAUGGGAACUAUACCUGUGUGGCCUCGAAUCGACUGGGCGUCCAGAAUGCCAGUCUCUUCCUCUAUAGACCCGGGACAGGUCGCGAUAUCAACGGCUCUGCCUCUGUAUCUAAAUCACUGUGGCUCCUGUUGGCCUGCUUCGCCUGCCUUGUCUUCAAGUGUUAAUACCGAUACCCUCCUCUUCCUCUUGUGCCCCCUACUGGCCUUCCUUCGUCCUCUUCCUCCUCGUCUCCAGCUCACCGACAUCCUUAUUGCUACCUUAUUACCAACUUUGACGCCCCCCCCCAGACUGUUUGCAUCAUGAUACAAAAACCUUACGUGCUCCCGAGCACUGCUUACAGAUAAAACAACAAAAAAUGGGUUAUGAAUAAAAUGUUAGAAGAACAACAAAAAAAACUAUGAAAUGAAGGGCAGAACAAGCAAACAGUGCUCUUUUAAAUAAUUGCAUUGUUGUUUUUAAAUAGUAUGUCCUUUCUUUUCUGCUAUAUUUUGUCUUUGGGGUCUGGCCAGGUUUGAGAUUCGUUUUUUUGUUUUCAUGGGAAAGCAGAGGCACCCGCUCACAGGGAUGCUAACAAUCAUUUGUCUCGAGAAGUACUGAAGACAAAAGGUAUAUUCCUCCUUAGUCCCAUAGAUUAAUUGUGUUAACUUAAAUUGUAGAUUUAACCGAGUGUUUAACCAGUGCAUUAAUGAGCAACAUGCAAAGUACCUGCCAAAUAUCCAUAAACUAUAUAGAUUUGAAACUAACACAUACAGAAUCUAAAAGAAAAUACUGCAGCUGAUUCUGUUCUGGCGUUAGAGCUUGAGAUUAAAGUCUGUAUGCGUGAAACAUAGACAGAUAGAUGACUCUCCAAUGCCGUUGUUUCUAGAUGCAGCUGUCACUUGGGUCGUUGCUGUCGAGCCCAGAAAUCGAGGAUGCAGUGAAUAGAAUUGUCUUGAUCCUACUGAGCUAAACAAUGUGGAGUACAAAACGGAGGAAACUCGUUUAUCUGGUAGUAGUAACUAUACAUCUUCAUUCAGUGUUUUUUGCAACUCCUCGCCUUUAUUCCAAAAGUAUUUCUCUUGUCUUUUGCAGCAAGAAAAGAAACACAGUAGGUUAUAAUGAUGCGUACUGUACAUAGUACAAUUUUGUAUUUCUCUAUGAUAGACAACUUAUUCAACCACAUUGUUUUUUGACCGCCAACCUUCUUCUGCAGUUUCUCUCAGCUCCUCAGCAGGCUGCAUGCUGUACCACACACAAUGAUUUUGUUUAGCUUGCAAGUUUUAGGAUCAUUCUUCUAUACUGCUGAGAUUUGGAUAGUAAUGUAUGACACCAAUGAAUGACUUACAUUUUCGUUUUUCUCUUUCAAAGAAGUAUGCGUGUUUUAAUAUGAAAUGAUACAGAAAAAAUGCAUAAUAUAUUGAUAUUGAGGUUAUUUUUUUCUGUCUUUACCUCAUUCAUUUUAGUUGUGUAUAUAUAUAUACUUGAAUCCAAUGUCCUUAUAUUAUAUGAAAAGGUAAAUUCUAUGUGUCCAUGUUUCUGAAUAGGGUAGCAAUUUGUUGAGGAUAAAUAACUUCUAGGUUACUUGGACUGGCAACCCUGCUCUUUCAUGUGAACCGAAGCCAUUUUGAAAAAGAUAAUGUUUUUUAAAAAAAAGCAUAAAAAGAAGAUAGUUUUGUGCAGUUCUUAUUGUACCUACCUUGAGAUGAAACAAGUGCUGGCUAAAAGGAAAUGGAUCACCAAGUAUUGAGAAUCAGAAAACAAAUGAAUACCGAAUCCUUAUCAAGCUCAAUGGCCACCAAGGUCACUGUGAUGAUGGGCAUCUUUAACAAAAUAACAGCAUUAUAUCACAUGUCCUACAAUACGUUUUGUCAUCACAUCUCGCCACUGACUUUAUUUCUUAAUGAACACAAAUUGAUAAAUGUAUCAAUAUUUUAUAAAAGAAGAAGACCUUUCAAGCAGUGUGAUUAUUUUAGGGGAGACAAGAAAAAGCUGAAAAUGGCGCACUAUUAGCCGCCUUCUUUUUGCCAUUUAUUUUUUACCUACUGCGAGGUGACAUAAAGCUUAUGAACUCCAGCUCCUCUCCGCUCUUCUAACAACCAAGCCGAGAUAGCACUAGUACUGUAAAACACAUGUGUAAUUAAUGUCAUUCUUGUCAUACAUUAAAGAAAUUGUCCCCAUUGUUUUUGAUUGUAAAUGCUUCUGAGGCCAUGGCUGUGUGACUGUAGUGUGUAGUGUUGGUAAUGCCAUCUGAUCCAGUCUGAUUUUCAUGUGGGCUGAACAGAAACUGAUAAAGGCCACAUCUCAAAUCAAAGUUGAAGCAUUUAUAAGUAUAACAAAAUGUCUUCACCUCUAUCAGUCAGAACACAAACAAUCUUACAAUCAGAUUUGUCAGUCUAGGAAGUGAUAAGAAAGCUGUUUUUUUCUGUCAUCAUCCGACAUGUUUUUUUAUUGAUUUUCUAUGACUGAACAACUCUAGUGUUUCCACUUUUAAGUGGAUUCACUUUACUCCAAGAGUCUUUUCUACUACAGUGGUAUUUCUGCAGACUCUUACUUGUUAGCCUCUGGCUAGCUCAGACUUGAGGAUGCAAGUUUGUCAGUAACAGCUUUGUCUUAAUUGAAGUAAGAAGUGGAUGAUCUGGAAGCUGUGGUGAAAAUAGAUUAUCAUGAUCAGCUUGCAUGAGAGCGGUCUGUGCUACAUGUCUAUAUCUGUCUUGCUAUGUGUCAUAUAAAGAAAAACCUCAGGGCAGAGCAAGGAUGGCCUUUGGCAGAAUCUCAGACAAACUGAAAUGUGAUUAUUUUUGAUGGAUGAGAGCCUGACAGACUAUCAGAGCAAGGUCAAGUUUCUUAAAAUUAUGCUGGGCAUUUAUUUUUAACCUGCUUGGAAUGCAUGAUGGGACGAGAAAUCUUAUUUUAAAAGACGAAACAGCAUAUUAACAGUCAUUUUUAAAACGUUUUCCCCAUUCAGGUGAUUUUCAAGUGUGUCCAAUGCAGGUUAAAAGCAGCCAAUAAGCACUAAGACCAAGCAUGUAAAAGCCAUGAAGCUCUGUCUUAUCCAUAAAGCAGAAAGGGAAAAGGAAUAAUUAUCUUCCAUUGCUCGUAGAAACCAACAGCCAGCCUAUGGACACAGCACCAACCCCAUGUAGACAGACCUGGAUAUCUACUGAAGAUACAGCUAUACUUUACUAUUGAGCAUUGCCUCUAAACAUUGCCUUCGCUUCACUGUACAAAACUGGCUUGUGUUUGUGCGCGUGUGUGCUAUGAUUCUGAUUCUGGUUAAUAUUAUAAACGUACCUAAGUUAAAUGGCAUGAGAUACAUGACGAGUGUGCUAAACAGCUAACGCUCUACUUUCCGUUGAGCUAUGGUUACAGUAGUGACCUAUUAUAAUUUAUAUUUUAUUAUCCUCCUCUGUGUUUAUAUACAGUGUGAUGUUUCUACACCAGAAUGUUGUAAAAUCAGCAAAUCCAUCAGAUUGUGUUUAUACAACCUAGCAUUUAAAGAUUUAAAAAGCCAAUGUCACUAUUACAUUUGUACCUCCCUUCUCCCCUGUCGUGGGAAAUGAAGAUUCAAUCAUGGAUUAUGACACAGCAAUGUCCCAUUUUGUUUGUUGUUUCCGUGUUACCUUACUUUAUUAUGGCAUAAGGUGAUUGCAGUGAGUUUCUUAAAAAAAAAAGACAUGUAAUAAAAGGUAUAAUUAUGAGAAAAUGUUCAUAACACAAAAUAAAGUUGUUUGAAUUUAAUGUUCUGUAUUUGAAUGUGACUUGACAUGUUGGGGCAAGUAACCUUUUUUUGGGAGAUAGCUUGAGACACCCAGAAUCUUAACGGUACAAUUGUGUUUAUCACCAUGUAACAUGCAAAUAAAAUAAUAUAUGUAUUAUGGUA